ACAGAAUCUAUUCCAACAGACUUCACUCAAAGGCGAGUCAGGUCAGCGUGGAUACAGGCCAGCAGGGACGAACGAAGGGAUGGCUGGUUAGCUAGAGCGCCGGCAGAGCGGCGGGGCUUCUCGCUCCGGCGGCGGCGGCGACAGCGGUGGCGGCUUCCGGAGUCCCGCCGCGAAGAUGCUCAAAGUCACGGUGCCCUCGUGCUCGGCCUCGUCCUGCAGUUCGGUCACCGCCAGUGUGGCCCCGGGGGCCGGGAGCCUCGUCCCGGAUUACUGGAUCGACGGCUCCAACAGGGAUGCUCUGAACGAUUUCUUCGAGGUGGAGUCGGAGCUGGGACGGGGUGCUACAUCCAUUGUGUACAGAUGCAAACAGAAGGGGACUCAGAAGCCUUAUGCUCUCAAAGUGUUAAAGAAAACAGUGGACAAAAAAAUCGUAAGAACUGAGAUAGGAGUUCUUCUUCGCCUCUCACAUCCAAACAUUAUAAAACUUAAAGAGAUAUUUGAAACCCCUGUAGAAAUCAGCCUGGUCCUAGAACUCGUCACGGGAGGAGAGCUGUUUGACAGGAUUGUGGAAAAGGGAUAUUACAGUGAGCGAGAUGCUGCAGAUGCUGUUAAACAAAUCCUGGAGGCUGUUGCUUACCUCCAUGAAAACGGGAUUGUCCAUCGUGAUCUCAAACCAGAGAACCUUCUCUAUGCAACUCCAGCCCCAGACGCACCACUCAAAAUUGCUGAUUUUGGACUCUCCAAAAUUGUGGAACAUCAAGUGCUCAUGAAGACAGUGUGUGGAACGCCAGGGUACUGCGCACCUGAAAUUCUGAGAGGCUGCGCUUACGGACCUGAGGUGGAUAUGUGGUCUGUGGGGAUAAUCACCUACAUCCUACUUUGUGGAUUUGAACCAUUCUAUGAUGAAAGAGGCGAUCAGUUCAUGUUCAGGAGAAUUCUGAAUUGUGAAUAUUACUUUAUCUCCCCCUGGUGGGAUGAAGUAUCUCUGAACGCCAAGGACUUGGUUAGAAAACUAAUUGUUUUGGAUCCUAAGAAACGGCUGACUACUUUCCAAGCCCUCCAGCACCCGUGGGUGACAGGUAAAGCAGCCAAUUUUGUGCACAUGGAUACCGCUCAGAAGAAGCUCCAGGAAUUCAAUGCCCGGCGUAAGCUUAAGGCAGCAGUGAAGGCUGUAGUGGCCUCCUCCCGGUUGGGCAGCGCCAGCAGUAGCCACGGCAGCAUCCAGGAGAGCCAGAAGGUCAGCCAAGAGCCCUCCCCAACCCAAGAUGGCAAUGAAGCUGUUCCAGAAAAGAAAGGUCAAGGAGAUGAGGCCCACGUGGCCGUUGGGAGUGCAGAGGCUGAGCUGAUGAAGGUGAAGGGCGUGGAGGAAGUUCAAGAUGCUGAUGCAAAUGCUGCUGAUGCCACCAGGAUGGUGCUUGAGGCAGUAGAGGAUGUGGUAAAGGUGUCUGACCCAGAAGUAGAAGAGGGCUUACUGCAGGAGAAGCUGAAGACUGUGGAAGAAGCAGCAGCCCCCAAAGAAGAUGAAGAAAACCCUGGUCUGGAAUUUGGAGCUCAGCAGAAUGAUGUGAUCCUGCCAGAGUACUAAGUUGGCUUCCUUCCGAUUUGGAAGCCAAAUCCUGGUACUGUAUGCAUUUCGUCCUUCAGCCAGGAAGGUGUGGAAGCAUGAUAUGCACUAUAGUGAUUCUGUUUUUGAGGUGCAAAAAAAAAAAAUACAUAUAUAUCAGCUGGUAAUCCUAAAUUCAAUGCAUGUGACUGCUUUAUGAAAAAUAGUGUCUUCUAUGGUAUGUAACGGAUACCUAAUGCUGAUGAGUUAAGUAAACACAACCUAACAUUUAAAAACAUGCAUUUUCAGGGACCAGUAGCACACAUUUGAAGUAAAUAUUAACAAGUGUUUUUCGCUUUGGAAACCUAACCAUUCUACACCCUUUGGACAUCUUCACAAGGCAGUCAUUCCUUUGGACUCUCCCUCAGCUAGUGCUGGGUCGUGCUCUAAAAUGUGUUCCUAUGACAUUAACAUUUAACUUAUCAUCAAUGUGUUCAAAUUGUUUACAAGGAGAUGGUUAUACAUUAUAGUUGUACGGCAUGUGCAAAAAAUAUCCACAGUGGUAAGAAAUUGAAGCACACUUUAAGGGCCAUGAGACCAUAUG